CUUAUCCAUGUACUUCAUACAUAUACACAGAUUACAGACAGAUACUCGUAUAAUAGAUAGGCUAAUCACUCAGAUAAAAACAAUUCGACGAUGUGACCGUCGAUACGAAGAUAAAAUAUUAUCAGUAGGUAGGCACCAGGCACACGCAUAAUGAAUAUUAACAUUAGAGUACUGUGUUCAAUUCGAGCAACAUCUGUAGCUUUCCACCAAGUCGAAAAUUUACAUUGGUGCCCUCAAUACCUCGUAUUACCUACCGUUGAUUAGUUGCUGGCAUAAUUUGAGAAUUCGUCAAAAACUAUGAAGAUCAUGAAGUACAUCAGAGUCGAAAGGAAAUAAGAGACCUCUCAGUCGAAGAUGAGCUCGGAGAAUAGUACAAAUGCAACUUUCUCGAUCGAAGUGACCUUGCAAACAUGCACUUUCGAGAAAGUAAUCAGCGCGCUUCAAAAUAUAGGAUACUUGGUAUCGUUCAUCUACCUGUUACGAGUAUAUUAUUAUUUUUGGAUUAGAGGUGUAUACACUUUGCAAAAAAAGAACUUAUUGUCCUUAUGUAUAAAUCUAUCAGCGUUGUAUUCGUUGAUAAUUGUCGACAUGAUUAUCAAAAUACCAAAUUUUCUAAUCAUCAUAUCUUGCUGCGAAGUAACCACUACAAUUUUAUUAUUUAUCAUGUCUAUGGAUACGUGCGUGAAUCUGCGUCGAAGAGCCAGAAAUUUACCCAUAGACGACGGAUCCGAAUGCAAAUUAUUUCUAUUCUACACAUUCUGCAGUUGGAUUGUGUCACAAAGUGUCGCCUACACGUUGGCUUAUUUGUACGAUAACUUUUUAAUCAUUUUGAUCGAUUUUCAUUUAAUAUCCUAUACCUUAAUAUUGAUCAUGUUCUUCAUCUCAUUGUACAAUAUUAAACCGGCUACCGUUAAUUUGGGCAGCUCCAGUAGAAAUUUCUCCAUUUUUGGAAGAACGCUGAUAAUUACCUUCGUUACGUCGUCCAUUAAAUUUGCAUUCGCCAUUAUUUUCUACGCCACAGGAAAGCAAAUUGAUUUGUUAUUAUUUUUAGACUGUUUGAUGGCUUACGACGGAAUAUUUAUUUAUUAUUGCUUAACCUUUAAGAACAAAAAAUUACCCAAUAGAUUGCCAGCUACUCCGCAAAUACACGUAAUAUCUAACAACCAUGCUGUAAUGCAAAAUGAUAAUGUUAAUCGUAAUCGUACCCUUAGCAAUAGCAACAACAGUGCUAACAAUAAUAAUUUUCGUUUUCAAAAUAAUCAUCAAAAUGGCAACGCUGUUCAGAGGAAUUCAUCAUAAUAUACCUAAACUCUAGAUAUUGCGACUGUGAGGAAAAUGUGAUAGAUCUGUAAGUAAGUAUAAUUUUAUGACACUUUUUUUUUGUUUUUCAUGGAGAAAGUUUUUUUCGAAUUAGAAGGUAAUAGGUAUCUAUAAGUGAUCGAAAUGAACAAUUGAACAUACCCUGUAAUUUAUACGAAAGUAUCACAAUUCAUAAAUAUUUUAAAAUUGUAAAUAAGUGUAUAAAGUAGGUAACUGUUUUUUGUUUUAUUUAUGUGUACAAAUGAAUAUACUUAGAAGCUUUUAUAAUAA